AUCUUUAGGUCCAUAGGUCAGGUGAGUGAUACAGGGCCUUUAGGGCCCUCUUGUUUAAAGGUACAGCAUUGAAAUUUGGAUGACAUGUACAGUUUUGCACACCGAUCUUAGAAUGGCUUGAGUGACCAUGAAUGUGACCUACUGACCUACUUUCUUCAGGAUUACAGUUACAUGGCAUAUAGAUAUGAUGGCAGUUUAGAUGGUGUUAACAACAGCAAUACAAGUUACACAUUUAGCUGGAAGAUGACUUAUCAGUAACAAAAAGUUGAAUUAACCAGCCAAUUAGGAUGUCUGAAUACGAGCAAAUUCUGCGGCAGUUGGGAUCCUUCGGUCCUUACCAGCGCCGAGCAUUUAUCCUGGUGAGCAUGUUUGAAACACCGCUGGCAUGGGCAAUGUUGACUCCAAUACUACUUAACUACAGACCAGACUGGCACUGCACUGACUGGACAUCAUUACAGAACGGGUUGAUAGCUGAUAACUACACAGAUAUUGAUGCUUCUUAUAUACGGCAAAUAGAUAGCAAAGAUGAACUGCAGACAUUCCUACAUUUAAUAGAUUUCAAGGGAAAUUUGACGAUUAACCAGACCACAAACACGUGUCCAAAUGGUAAAAUAUGUCCAGGCAUUGAAUUUGAUGGAGUAAAGUCUAUAGUUUCCACGUGGAAGCUGGUAUGUGACCAGGAGAUAGUUGGAGAUAUAAUCACAUCCAUACAGAUGGCUGGUGUUCUCAUAGGUGCCGUACUGACUGGGCAGUUAGCGGAUCUCUUUGGACGACGUCAUAUUCUAUUUAUAGAACAUGCUAUUCUAGUCAUUAUGUGGUUCUGUAGUGCAUUUGCUUCAAGUUGGAUGGUGUAUGCUGGACUCAGGUUUAUAAUUGGUGCUUUAAUUGGAGGUGUACUGGUUGUUAAUUUUGUGUUACCACUUGAACUUGUCACGCCAGAAUGGAGGACAUUUUGUGGUUGUAUAGGCCUGUGGGCAGUGGGGCUGAUGGCGUUAGCAGGAUGGGGGUACUAUAUACGUGACUGGCAGUAUCUUGUUAUUUGCACAUCAUCAGCUAGCAUGUUUAUCCUUCUCUCAUGGUGGUUUGUACCAGAGAGUCCAAGGUGGCUGCUCAGUAGAGGGCGUGUGAAAAAAGCAGAGAGAAUAUUGACAGAUAUGGCAAUUUAUAACAAUAAACCAGUGCCAGAUUUUAGUAAACUACGACAGUAUUCUGAGAGUGAAAUGCAGGCCAAACAGCAACAGGUGAAGUACAGUUACUGGCAUCUUUGUAGCUCCUGGAAACUUACCAAAAACUCUCUUAUUCUUAUGUAUGGAUGGUUUGUAUCCAGUGCUGUUUAUUAUGGUAUGAAUUUCAACACGAAGAACCUCACAGGGGACCUGUAUUUGAAUAUAUUUUUUUCUGGGCUGGUAGAGAUACCAGCACUAGUGUUUGUUGUUCUAGUCCAUAACAAAUUGGGUCGCCGCCUCACUGUGUCUAUUCUGAUGACUUCAGCGGGCGUGUUCUCAUUUGCAAUUCUCAUUUUACAUCUUGCAGGUAAAUUAGAGGAGUUAUCAACAUUAACAGUUGUGUUUGCAAUGAUUGGUAAAGCAGGGAUAUCUGGCGGCUGGGCAGCUCUUCAAGUCUUCUCAGCGGAAAUAUUCCCCACUGUAGUCAGGAAUAUAGGUGUAGGCGCAUGUUCUUUCAGUGCCAGAAUAGGUGCCAUUGUUGCUCCACAGAUUGUUUACUUGGGUGCUAAGAAUGAUGCAGCUCCCCUACCAUUUACAGUAUUUGGAACUGUAGCAUUGAUAUGUGGUGGAUUGGUUUGGUUGCUACCAGAAACAAGAGGUGUACCUUUACCAGAUGAACUCGUAAUAAAUGUACGACGACCCAGUCAAGCAGGUAUAGAGGAUAACACGUUAAAUGGAAACAGUCAUGAAACUAUACCACUGAAAGCUGUCGAUACUAAAAAUGGAGAAAUAACACAAGAAGUUGCCUGAAUGAACAAAACAGUGCACCAGAAGGAUCUCAUGCCAUAUAUAUCAAAUGUUUUAUUUCUUAGAUGAGACUGCUGCUCCUAGACAAGUUUGAUACUAUAAUAAGCAAGUGCUCCCUGUAUGCUACAAUCACUGCCAUCUCAAGUAGGUGUCUAAUAGCAGACAUUUCUCACUUGAUAGAAGACAUUUAUGACAUUUGAUAGCAGACAUUUGAUAGACAUUUGUAACUUGAUAGAAGACAUUUGAUAGCGGACAUUUGUGACAUGUGAUAGUACACAAUUAUGAUGUUUGAUAGUAGACCUUUGUUACUUUUGAUAGUACACAUUUGUGACAUUUGAUAGUGGACAAAGUUUUUGAAGAAUUAACAUGAAGAUGGAUUAUCAUACAAAUGUUGUUAGGUUUUGCAAAGUUGCCAGACUGUUUAGACAUGUCUGCCAAAUUUGAAGCAGGCUGGUCACUUUUUGAGGUCCUGAAUCUGGUAUCUGACAUUAACAUAACCUUCACUUCAUUCGGAAACAUAAGCCAGCCUUCAUUUUCCUUCUCCAAAAUGUUGAAAUUAAUUAUCAUUAUCACAUGUGUUGGUCAUUCCCAUAGUAACAUUUUUCACUCAGUUUUGCUCGCUCAAUACCUACAAAGUUGUGCCUAGCUCAGGAAUAUAAAGCUUGUCCAGUUAUAUGCAAUAUUAAAUUCCUUCUGAAUGUCAAUAUAUAUAGAGGAUAUUUGUUUGUUUCAGUGUAAUAUUGAAAUAUCUUACAGGAGUGAACACCAGAUGCAAUAUUUUCAGGAGUGGUUUAUCCACGAGUGAAAAUGUAAGAAUGAAUAUUUUUAUCUUACAUGUAAAACAAACAAGUGUUCUUCUUAUUUCAUGUUUUGACAAAAUUUACGAGUUUUCUAGUUUCUUACCUGUAAAAAACUUUUUAAAAGUAUAUUUGAUAUUUUCCACUGUGGAAGUUCCAGAUAUAUUUCACACUAAUAUUUUGAUAUUUCACACAUGUAAUAAACAAAAAUUUUUUACCAGAUAGGCCAUCAGUUUCCCUUCACCAUCAAAGCUGGAAAGUCGCCAUAUGACCUGAAUUUUGUUGGUGCAACGUUAAAGGCACUGACCUCCAGAUUUGGCUAAAAAAUAAUCUUUCUUUCAAAUUGAAGUUUGGUCAUAUUAUAUUAUGAACAUUAGAAUAUGAAUUUUUGUUUCUAAAAUAUUUUAAAAAUUCAAAAUCAAGAAAAAAAGAUGACCGCGUCGGGAAUCGAACCCCGGAGCGCCACGGCAAUAAAGACAUUUUCCCGUCGUCAUAACCAGUAGCGCUAUAGCUGAAGUACAAGUAGUACUUCAAAAUAUAGAUGUUUAUAUUCGAGACAGUUUACCUGGAGUAAAAGCGUGACAAACGCUUUUCGAUUAUCGUCGUAAAAAGUAGUAAAAACAGCAAAUUUUCAUGAGUUUCCGUAACAUAGUUUGUCAGUAAUUAAGUUUUAAAGCCUUCUUAAGAAAUAUAUCAUUUAUUUCAAGAUAUUGAAAAAAACAAAACUUUUUUUUUGUUGUCGAACGAUCUAGAGGCCAGUUGCUUUUAACCCAGCAACAAUGAUUUUCAUUGUAAGUGAGAACUUGUGUUAAAACUAUAUGCCUGGAAAAUCUAGCUGUUUUGGCACACAAUGAUUGUUAUGGACACCUUCCUGUAAGUUCCAUUUCAGUUUGAAACCAAUUUUAAUGCAAGGAUUAUUGCAUGUUGACGCUUCUAAAGACAGUUUUAUGUAAAGAUAUCAAAACUCUACUUUUUUCAUGUGGACAAUAAAAUUUAAAUGCAAGUUCAUAUUGUUUCAUUGAAAAUCUCCUGUAUCAGUUUUGGUCACUUUUCAGAAGAUGCAAAAACCUGAAAUAUUUUUUUUUAUUAUCAGAAAAAAAGAGGGGAAAAAAAAAAAAAUUCAAAUAUUUUCACAUGAUCAGUUUGCUUGGUAUUUAUACAGAUGGUGAUAUGAAAUGAAUGUACUUCCUUUCUUUAAAAGUCUCUGAAGACAGUUUUGGUAGCUUCUGGAUACUUGCAGAAAAAAUGUUUUCCAUUUUCCAUGGCUUUUAAAGCAGAAAAAAACAACAACAGAAAAUAGAAGGUUCAAGAUAUUUCCUCUUGAUUAUUCAGCUAGUUUCCUAUUGGUUAUCCGCUAUAAUAUAUAGACAAUUAAAAAAGAUUAUACAGUUGAAUGCGGAAAUAAAAGUUUUCAAGCAAAAAACUGACGUAAUUUUGUUCUUUGAAGUACUGGGAUGAUUAUGUCAUUUCAUAUUUUUUCUGAAUAUUUUAUGAAAGUGUACAUCCAUGUAGAGAUUGUUUUUUUAUUUCAUUUUAUAGAAAUCAUAUUACAUUGCAAUAUUGAGAGAAAAAACUUCUUAUUGUCAAAAUGAAUUUACCUUUCUUUGCUCAUCUGAUUUUGAUAUAUUAUGUAUAUACUCUUGUUGGCUUUGGUACUGGUAAAGGUUUUCGGUUAAGUCCACUUUUCCUCAAAAGAGCUUAUAGCUUUAAAACUUUUUUUAGAUUUUUUCUCUAUGAAAAAUCAGUGCUCUUGUUAUUGUGUAAAUGUGUAUAGUAUUGAAAAGUGACAGACCACAUUAAUUUUGCUGAUACAAGGAACAGCUAUUUGUGUCUUAGAUGUUGUCCUCUUUCAUUUGGGCAUUCAUGAAAUCAUGGGCAUUUAUGAAAUCUGAUGAGCAUUCAUAAAAUCAUGAAGAUAUUUUUGUUACCUUUAUUAGGUAAGAUACAAUUUCUCUCAUGGUUUUGCUAAUAUAAUAAAUAUAUGACAGAAUCCUCAUUUAGGCAGAAAUUGUACUUUAAAUUAUAUUGAUAUCUACUAGGAUUUUACCUGGUUUAUUUGUAAGGAUUUAUCUCACCAGUGACUGGUUAGGAUUUUACCUGGCCUGUGAUGGGUAAGGGUGAUUGCUUUGGAAUUUUCCUGACCAGUGAUUGGUUUGGAAUUUUCCUGGCCCGUGAUUGCUUUGGAAUUUUCUUGACCAGUGAUUGGUUUGGAAUUUUCCUGGCCCAUGAUUGGUUUGGAAUUUUCCUGACUAGUGAUUGCUUUGGAAUUUUCCUGACCAGGGAUUGGUUUGGAAUUUUCCUGGCCCGUGAUUGGUUUGGAAUUUUCCUGGCCAGUGAUUGGUUGGGAUAAUACUUGGCACAUGAUGAGUUAGAAUUUUACUUAAGGGUUAGAGUAACCUGGCCAGAUUUAGAAAAGGAAUGAACAUAUUACUUCCUGAAUCAGAGAGCAAAUUUUAUUGGAAAAUCUCCACACUUGUUGCAUUUUGUGUUUUUGAAGGGGAUGAAAACCAAGAUUUAAUUGUUAAUAUAUACUGUUUUGUAUACUUUUUUUGCAUAGUUUUCUCUUUCUAUUGCUUCAUUUAUGGUUGUUGAGGAUAGUUUUGUGUCUUAGAUUUGACUGUUUGUUUAAAUAUAAGUUUUAUUUUUCAGUGUAACUUUAACAGUUUGUGUAGAUAUUUUUUGUUUCCAUUUUAUUGUUUGUCUUAACUGAUAAACUGUUUUAUAUAUGCAUUAUGACUAUCAUGAUUUUAAGGAGCUUAAACCUUUUAUAUCUCUCUUACAGGAAGAGUAGGUAUAUUGUUUUGCUGAUGUUGGUCAGUCAGUUCAUAAAUCAUUUGGUUGGUUGGUCAGUUUGUUGCUAGACCAUUUCGUCGUUCAGUCAGUCCGUUGCUAGAACACUUGGUCGGUCAGUCCGUUGCUAGACUUGUUUUGUCUGUCGGUCAGUUCUUUGCUAGAUCAUUUAGUUUUGGAUAAAUGGCAAACACUCUGGCCUAUGUAGUAUGAUUUAUUUCUGCAGGUCAGCAGAUGACCCCUUUACCUUUAGGGGGGUUAGUAUGUCCACAAUCCAGGUGAAGAACCUUGAACAUGAAACUACAUGUAUUGCCAAUCAAUAAAUGCAGAAUGCUAGGCUUUCUCUUACUCGAGGGAGAGUGUGGAAUUGAAAACUGUGUGUCAGCCACUCUGUCCCUGGGUUGAAAAACACAUAUGCCUUACUGAAGCAGUCAUGUAAGAUCAUUUUUCUUGCCUACCAUUAAUAUUAUUUUACACAUUUUUAAUGAUUCUUCCUUCGAAAGGCUGUCAUUGGUAGCAUAUGUAUUUUACAAACUACUCUUGAUUGAAUUUUAGUUUGUUUUGAUAACAUUUUGUUACAUAUUUCUUCAACAAUUAUUUUGUAUCUACUGUUAAAUGAUUUUUAAGUUUCAGUAGAACUGAACAGUGCCUGUAGAAGUUUUGUUUGUUUUCUGGGAACUAAAAUUUAGAAGUGUGGCCUUUAUAGGAACAACAGUUGUAAAUGACUAUCUUGGAUCUUAUUUAUAAAGUAAACAGUCUUCUGGAAGAUGAAAGUUACUAACCUUAUGUUCAUAAAUGACUUUUAAACCAAAAAAAAAAAAAAAAAAAACACCAAGAAAAGUAGGGGUCAUAUGUAUUUUAAGAGAGAUUUUGUUUGACAUGUCAGCACUAUAGAAUAUCUUCCAAACAGACAGCUAAAAUAUUUUAUCAAAAUUAUUCCACUUUUUGCCUAGAAAAUACAGCAAAAAUGUUGAUUUCUUAAAACAUUCUCUGGAACUAUUUAAGAUAAUGGCCUGAACUGCAAAAUAGGUAGAAAGAAUCAUAAGGCAAGUUCAUGUCCAAAGUCCCAUAAUUUUGACGAAAUUAGUUCCAUUUAUGCACUUUGAAAAUGUCUUUAAAGGGCAAUUUCAUUUAAUAAAACCUAUGCAUCUUCACUUAAUGUGGAGUCAUAAUGCAAUAAUACACAUUUCAAGUUCCAUAUGAACACUGUUUUUUUUACUUGACAAAAUGACUACCCCUUUUGAACUUUCAAGGCGGGUAUUGGCAAAAUCACUGUUUUCCUUAUAUAGCUCUGAAUUAAAAAAUGUCCUUCAAGUGAAUUUUGCUUUAGUAAAACUUAUGCAUCUUUUAUAAUGCAAUAAUACACACCUUACGUUUUAUUUUUUAAAAUUUGAGACUUUCAAGGCGACUUUUGCAAAAUAAUUGUUUUCCUGAAAUAUCUCUGAAAGAAGUUUAGGUAUUUCGUUGGAAUUUUACAUAAACCUAUUGACUCAUGAGGAAGUUGGAAAAACAAGUCCCAUAGCUCUUAAAGUGUUUUAUAUGAACGUGUCUGCCUUUGUAAUUGUAUCAAGUUUUUCACAGUUUUGAUAUAUAAGAGAAUGCCAUUAAAUCUACUGAAGGGUAUUGUAACAUGAAAGACAGACUAACCAUAACUCUGCCCUGAACACUCAUAAAGCCUUCUCCAUUUCUGCACCUUUUUUCAGAAUUAAGUGAAUAAGUUUGACUACAAAAUUAAUGUACUGAAGGAAAUGCCGUUUUCAAGGGCAGAUAACUCUUUCAAUACUGGUGACCUCUUCACUUUUAUUGCAUAUCUUUGAUUUUUAGAUGAUUGUUCUUCAAUAUCCAAAAAUCUGCCCUGAAUAAUGAUAAAGUUAUCUGCCCUUUUACAGUGCUUUUCAGCAAUUUUAAAGCAGUAAACAACUAACUCUUCCUUGAAUAGAGAUAAAAUUAUUUCCCCCAGAUUGAAUAUAAAUGGUGUAGUGAGUGGUAGUGAGUUUUACUUUUUACCAAUAUAAUCUUGUCUAAAAAGACUUUUAGAGGAGGUAUUAAUCACAUUUAGUGAUAGUUCUAGUUUCUUCCCGCCAUGAUCUAACUAGCACAGAAGUGCUGCUUGAUUACCUAAUAAGUACCUUUAAGGUUAAUUUUAUUUACUGUUACUUUGUGAAACAAUUAUUAUUAAGCUCUGUAGAGCUUUCGAGUGACCCUAUUUAAGAACAAUUAAAGCCAAUUAUACCUUACCCCCAGCAAUUUGCUGGUACCCAAUUACACCUUCUAUACACAGGGUAAAAUGUUGUUUUACUAUAGACUGGCAACUAAUAGUGAGAAAAUUUCCGGGCCUGUAUCCUUUUCAGUAUUUAAUGCAUUUCAGUAUCGGUGAUAUCUGACUUGCAGAAAAAAUACCAUCUCCUCUCUGUUUAAGUUUUGCAGGUUAGGGGUUUGACCAUUUUUGUGGUAAAAUAUACAGAUUUUAACAUUUUUAUGGUAAAAUAUACCAGUUUGAACAUUUAAUGAUAAAAUGUAAUGUGGUAAAAUAUAAAUGUUUUUGAAGAAUCCACUUAGUUUUAUGAGUAUCAAGUGUUACCAUCCCUUCGGGGGAUGAUACAGGGUCGGACAAUUAGGAACUUGUAUUAAAUUUUGAGGUUGCAAAGCAUGUUUACAUGGUCUUUAAAGCUAUUUAUUGUCAUUUGAGAUUUUCAAAAAAAAUUCUUGGUUUCCAUAAAUUGAAAUAAAAUUUAUAUCAGAUACUGGGAAACAUAAAAGAAGUUGAACUUUGUAUUUAAUUUAAAUAUUAGUGUCCGCAAAAAAAAUGUAGGACGAUUUUCUUUAUCUAUCACAAGUGUUCCUAUUUACUUUUGAACAUACAUUUUGUCUUUUAUAAGGAUGUUUUGGAAAAUAUGCCAUGUUUUUAACAAAGACCUCUUUUACAAUAUUAAAAAUGUUCGUUUUUGGGAGAAACAUUUUUACCAGAAGUGUGAAAGUAUUGAUGAAAUGUUGUAUAUCUCAGUUAAAACUUAGAACAAUGUGGAAGGAAUGUGUCGGAAUUUUAGUAUCAUUUUAUUUGAUGUUGAGAAAUAUCAAUCUGUUAUCAUGGUUAUCACUGGCCUAGUUUCGAUCACUUACUGUUGUAACUCUAGUUUAACUAUUGUGCCAUAGAACUGCCUCUAGUUAAAGGAUAUAUCAUGUAACUCUCUUAUCUGUAGUUUUAAAAAAAGCAGGCAAGCUUUGUUCCUCUAGUUUCAAAAUGGCCGAGAAAGGUUUACCCUUAUCAUGCUGGACUCGAUUGGUUCUGCCUUCAUGAUCAGCACUGUUUGCUAUUCAGUCAGUAUCUUUUUGGUAGGCACCCCUUUUAACAGUUAAUGGUGCUGUCCAAAUUCAAAGAUGGACAAGUCCAUUAUAGAAAUUUAGCAGGGUAAGGGUUAAGAAAUAUUGAUGGGGCUGUGCAGACUCACUUUCUGUUUCUUACUACACUAGUUCUACAAUAGUAGGUGAUCAAACUAGGCCACAGUAUUUAAUAUAAAGUUGUUACCAUUUUCUCGAUAUAUACCUGUUGUAUAAAUUGUGAUAUUAUUUUUGACAAUAUAUAUAAAUAACCCAAACAGA